UGUUAAAAAAGAUAUUUUUUUUGCUUAAAGCACUCGCUUAUAUAAAUGCUGGAAGCCGAACUAAACCCUAGCCGCUCUGUCUCUGCUGAUCUUCACUGUCUCUCUUCUCUCAGAUAUUAACCAGAAGAACAGUAAGACGUUUUCAAUGGCUUUCUUAAACAAGCUUGGUGGUCUCAUGAAACAAACAGUUAUGCAGAAUGUUGGAUCGAUGGGAAAGGUUUCUUCUCCAUAUGCAUUUAACGCUAUCCGAUUCUCAUCUACCAAUAAACUGUUUGUUGGAGGUCUUUCUUUUGGAACUGAUGACAACUCUCUUAAGGAUGCAUUUACCAGCUUUGGUGAUGUCACUGAAGCAAGAAUAAUUAACGACAGAGACACUGGAAGAUCACGUGGAUUUGGAUUCGUGAGCUUUGUUGAUACUGAAUCAGCUUCUGCAGCUCUACAAGCAAUGGAUGGGCAGCCACUUCAAGGCCGAAACAUUCGUGUCAGCUUCGCUAACGAGAGGCAGGGUCCACCCCGUGGUAAUUUUGGUGGUGGCGGCGGUGGCGGUGGUGGCUACCGUGGUGGUGGUGGUUACCGUGACGGAGGUGACGAUGGGUUCUAAGUUUUAUCAUCUCCUUAGUGCUACAAGAUGGGGUUUGUCCGAUUAAUUUAAAUUUCUAUGGUUUAAAGUGUAGUAGUAAGCACUACAUUUUUCUUCACUUAGAAUUUCUAUUUUUUAAAAAUAGAAUGUUUUUGGUGUGUUUGUUUGCUUUCUUUCUAAUGAAUUCUACAACGGUUGAAUGUUGUAUUGGCUGUUGUAAACCUUUGAGGUGAUUUUGAUAUUAAAUCUAGUUUGGGUUUAGCAUA